AUUGAAAUAUUUGUUUGCCUAAUUAAUGAAAUUAAUAGGCAGCUGCAUGUCAACAAUGUAGCUGAAUAUUUGUCAUGUACUGUCUCCGUAAUUCGACGCCUUUGGAACGUAAACAACGUCUUGCCAGCCCUCCAGAGCUGUCGUAUAGUUCCCGUUGUUAUCAUUACACCAACAAUCAAUUUUAAAUCAAUGAUUUAAAAUGACGACGGCCGAUGCUGAAAAAUGUUUUAAAACGGAAGGUUCCGCUGACAGCAGUGCCGAGCGACAACGGUACAGAAAGAAUGAGGAUCUGGUCCGGAUCUUUCUACAACGAGCUUCCACCUACCAGCGUCGAAUGUACAAAACGGUAAUCGAAAUUUUUGUCCGGUAUCGUAUUAAGGAAGCCGUGCAGUUUAUCUUUAACACGCUGCAAAAGCACCCGUUUCUGGCGCUCGUAUUGGCAAUUGCUAUAUUCACCAUUACUUUGCCUAUUGUAAUAUUCAUCUUUAUCACCAUGACCACAGCUAUGAUGGCCUUCACCGGAUUUGUACUGUUCGAGGGAGCGCUCAUAACGGCCGCCUCGAUUAUGCUCUUCAGUUUGUUUAUCGUGGUAUUCGCUGUCGGAGUUAUCAUUCUUCUAGUCUCCUUUACAUGUUUCUUUGGCAUAUCACGUUUUUACGAUUACGCUACUCGCUUCAAACUAAACGAUGUCCAUGAAUACUUGCGGGAUAUGUAGCCUCCCAUGUAUUUAAAUCAUGCGUGCGUGCUGUUUAUUCUGCUAUUUUUAUUCGUAUAUAAUUGGUGAAGGACAG